CAAUUUGCAUGAAAGAGUUUCGCACGCGACCGACGAACAGCCAACAAGUGUCAUCUGAACGGCGAUUCGGGACAGAAAUUCCACUAAUAGUACAGUGAAAGUGAUCGCGAGUAGGGGAGAAAUUCAGUGGAAAGAUGUUCGAACGCUGCAAUUUAUUAUUUAUGGCCAUUCUGAUGGCUUCGGCACUAUUGACCCAAGCCCAUUUCCCGGAAUAUUGUGCUGAGUGUGAGCAGGAGGUGUGGGAACAGGUGCCGUGCAGCGAAGUGCCCACAACGGCAUCACCCACAACCACAACAGGUGGAUCCACAACAAGUGCACCCACCACCGCGGUCUAUAGCACCACGGAGCGUGUGUAUCCAACCACCACGACCAGUGCACCACCCACUCCAACGGACUAUUCCACCCCGCCAUCGGCGUACAAGAAGUGCUACUGCGAGUGCAAGCUGGGCUGCAAGGAGUUCUGCCGCAAGGUGGUCUCCUCCGGUCCCAAGCAGCCCCUCACCCAGAUCUCCUCCAUCGGCGAGUAUGCUCCAGGUGGCCAGGUGGAGUUCACGCAUGUGCAUCAGCGCAAGUACUUCCCCAAGUACGGAGGCGAUGGCUAUGGAGGAUUGGCGGGACCCGUGGGCGGACCCAAGGCCUAUAAGCCCUAUCCCUUGGUCUACGAACAGGCGGCUGCAGCUUCGGCUGCCUCACCGCCUUCCAUCUCCGCGGUUGCCUCCUCGCCCGCGGGGGCCAACUUACCUGCUCCCAACUACACGCUGGAGGAGUUGGCCCAACUCCUGAGCACCGCCUAUGGCACCAAGAAGGCCUAUCCCGCCAGUGAGCCCACUCAGCCACGUCAGCUGCAACCAGCUCCAGUAGCAGCAGCACCCUCUGUUUACUACUCCCCCAUUCCAGUUUAUAGGAAGCAGCAGGCGGCUCCCAUUCCCCUCGUCAGCAAAGUGGCUCCCGCACCCAAGAUCUCCUCCGGCAUUAAGUAUGCCGCCGCAGCCGUUUCCUCUUCAUCGGGUGUUUCGGUGGCCAAGAUAAAGACGCCCUACGAGGAGAAGAUUGUGGUGGCCACCCCGCCUCCAAUUUACGACAGGACCACAUCCUAUCCCAUUGUUGAGGCACCCAAGGAGUACUCAGCACCCCAAACAGAGCUCUAUCCCGUUGAGCAGAGUCAGACGGAAGCGUAUCCCAGCCACAGCCCCAUCUAUUCGAGUCCCACGGAAUCGUAUCCCAGCCACAAGGAUUCCUAUCCCAGCCACAAGGAAUCCUAUCCCAGCGUCACGGAGGCAUAUCCCAGCCAAACCGAGUCCUACCAACCCCGCACGGAGUCCUAUCCCGUGCCGGAACCCCAGCCGGAGGUCAAGCCAUAUGGUGGGCCCGAAUCGGGUCCUGAUAAGCCAUCCUCCACCUUCGACCUGGCCAUUGAUAACUACCUGAAGGACUUUGGAUAUGGCAACCAGGGAAGGGGCUAUGCGGACUACUGAGUGCCAUUCGUUGUUGUUAGGUUUAGGCGUAUCACUAGGCUAGAAAUGUUUUCUAGGUGUCCUCUUAUUUAUUUAUGUUCUUUUCCCUUCCUGUUGAUAAUGAUUAAACUAUGUUU